CCGGGCUCCGCCCCGCACACGGCUCUGCCUUGUUGUAGAGCUUCUCCAGGCCCCGCCUCCUGCUCUGACUGAGCACAGAACACCUGGGGCAGGCCUGCCCCGCCCGGCAACCCGCUAAGACAGCGCCCUACGCACCUCAGGUCCCCUCAGGCUCCCUGGACUGGCUUCCCCUGUCGUCAUGACCGCAGCCGUGUUCUUCGGUUGCGCCUUCAUCGCCUUCGGGCCCGCGCUCGCUCUCUACGUUUUCACCAUCGCCACCGACCCUUUGCGCGUCACCUUCCUCAUCGCCGGUGCUUUCUUCUGGCUGGUAUCUCUCCUGCUUUCCUCUGUGUUUUGGUACCUAGUGAGAAUCAUUACUGACAACAAAGAUGGACCUAUACAGAAGUACUUGCUCAUCUUCGGAGUGUUGCUCUCUGUCUGUAUCCAAGAACUGUUCAGGCUUGCAUAUUACAGACUGUUAAAAAAAGCCAGUGAGGGUUUGAAAAGCAUAAACCCUGAGGAGACAACACCCUCAAUGCGACUGUUGGCCUAUGUUUCUGGCUUGGGCUUUGGAAUCAUGAGCGGAGUGUUUUCCUUUGUGAACACCCUGUCUGACUCCUUGGGGCCAGGCACAGUGGGCAUUCAUGGGGAUUCUCCACAGUUCUUCCUUAAUUCAGCUUUCAUGACACUGGUUAUCAUACUGCUGCAUGUGUUCUGGGGCAUUGUGUUUUUUGAUGGCUGUGAGAAGAAAAAGUGGUACAUCCUCCUUAUAGUUCUCCUGACUCACCUGCUGGUAUCAACCCAGACCUUCCUAAGUCCUUAUUAUGAAUUAAAUCUGGUAUCAGCAUAUAUAAUCAUGGUGUUCAUGGGCAUCUGGGCAUUUUUUGUUGCUGGAGGUAGCUGCCGAAGCCUGAAACUCUGCCUGCUCUGCCAAGACAAGGACUUUCUUCUUUAUAACCAGCGCUCCAGAUAACCUCUGACAGUCAGCACCUCCAGACAGAAGCCCGUGUCUUUAGAGGAAGCAUGCUGUGUCCUUCUCUAAAAAGACGCUAGCUCCUGUAACUUAGAAGCAGCAGAACUGUCUAGCCUGGAACUGUCCAUGUGCUUUCACGCAGUAGCCUCUGAAAAGAGCUGCAGUGUGGCCUGCAUCCUGGCUGCAUAUUUGAGGCACCUGGAAAAAUAAAGACAGAUGCUUCUGGACUUCCCCUCCAGAUUUGAUUAUCCUGGAUGUGCAGUGCAGCUGAGAAUCAGUGGGGUCCAAUGGGAAGUUCUGAGAACUCCCAAGGAGAAUAAGGUUCGGUAUUUAACUGUCUCCUAAGCCAACUUCUGCUGAGCAAGUAAAUGUCUGAAUUAGUAACCUGGGUAGGCCUUGUCUUUUUAUGUACUGAUGUCACACAAGGCUGAAGAGCCGUUCUCUCUGUGAAUGGCUUUCAUGUCCUUCACUAGCACCAUAGGCUGUGCCUUUAAAUGCAGUAACCUAUACCAACAUUAUAACUUAGCUAAGGUAAGGUCUGUAUAUAACAUGCAUUUUCCUCAAGGUUUAUUUUUCCAUUUUAAGUUUUUCCUCCUGAGACAUUAAAUUACUCUUUUUAGUAUAAAUCUGGGCUCUUUAAGAGUGAUUACAUGCUGCUUCCUUGGGAUAGUCUAAAAUUGUGCCAAGUCUGUGAGCCUUCUCAGUUAAAAGCUGCAGUGUGUGUUGUCUGAAGCUGGGCUAGUUGAUGAAUGAUGCAUCCUUGGCAGAUCCACCCUGGACCUUGUGAGAGCAGCUAAAUGCACAAAGUAGUGUGAUGUUGACACCUUUCCUUUGCUCCUGUGACACUAAACUGCACCAUCACCCAAAUGCUACAGGGUGAAAUUGGAGAUGGACAUUAAACUGCCAGACUUCAAGCUGGCAUGUAACUUUUCAUCUUCAGCAGGUUUGUCUAGGUUUAGGUUGCAGAAAUCCCUUCAUAAGAAUACCCAGGGGCUUUGUUCUAAAUAAGUCAUCUGAUUUCCUUUUUAAGAUGAAAUGCUACUAAAUUGUGAGUGUACUGACUGAAAACUGUUCCCAAUCAAAGUCUUUGAGGAACUUAGAGUGUAAAGUAGAAAUGACCUCUUCAAGAAAGUGGUGACCCCAGCACUUCCAUGCACCUUCUAAAAGAAACAGUAGCAGCAAUGACAAGGCUUGGCAAUGACAUGGAAGAUGACCAUGACAGUUCUGUGCUAACGAAAAGAGCAUGUGUUUUGUUUUGUUUUUUAACCCAUGAACUAAUAAUCAUUAAUUGGUGAACCAUGCUUAAAAUAAUUGAGUGCCUCAGUAUAGAGAUGCAGGAGUAGUAAAGCUUCUAGGAAGAUUACAAAUCACUGGAGACAUCACUUUAGUUAUCCCCUUAAAGGUUAUUUCAGUACAAAGUUGUGUAAGUGAUUCUGCUGAAGUUUGUGGGCUUUGUAGCUCUAUGCAAGAUUUUUCCCUGGACUAAAAAGAAAAGAUAUAAAAACCAAACAGUGAACAUCACUGUGCUGAACAAAGAGAAAGAAGAUGCCCAUAGAGCUGGCAUGUGUCCCUAUCUGAGCAUGGUAUUUUCUUUUGUUAAACUAAGUAAGAAAAUGUGUAGUUGUUUAUUACUGCUGUCUUACAAACCUUGUAUGUAGAUAUCCUGAUAAAAUGUUUUUUCAUCUCAGGUAUGGAGAAUCUGAUAAUUUUACUGCUAUUCAUACUUGAGCUCUAAGUAAUUUCUCUAAGUACUAACACCAUGAUAUUAGAAAUGGGACAACUAUAAAAUCUCACUUAAUAAAAACCCAGAUUAAGGGCUGGGAAAAUG